AAUUAUUCUUCCUGAUCGUUAUUUUUAAUACCCAGUCAAUACUACCUUUGAUAUUAUUUCACCACCAUUCGGAUGCUCGCCACAAGACGCAGAAACACAUGGGUAUGACUGAAUUCUACGAUAUGGACACUUGCUAGAAGUCACUAUAGAACAUAUAUAAAUUAUGGCUGAAGAGGAAAGUACAAAUGAGUUUCGGCAAGAGCUUGCUAACUUGGGCGCACUUACUACAGAAUGUGAAAGGAUAUUUAGGGAUGUACUUGAAGCGUUAAGAAACGGAAAAAUUCUUCCACUAUGCGCCCAACCUUUGUUACAGUUACACCUCGAGCCUGUCAACAAUACGUCAGUUAUAAAAAUGGUCGAAGACAGGCUUACACAGAUGACUAAAAGAGAAAUAGGCGUGCUUGUAACAGGAGAGUUCAACGCUGGCAAAUCAACGUUUGUGAAUAUUCAAAUGGGUGGGGAGUACCUACCAAUGGACAGAGGAAGGGUUACGCAUGUUGCAUGCGAGAUUCGCCAUGAUUGCUCCACACGGCUUGCAGUUCUCAAGUUUGAGGACAAGCGCGAGGAUGAAUGUAUUACAUUACACGAAGACAGUUCCAAUAGCGCAUGGCAAGAGCUCAGGGAAUGUAUCAAAACACGAAAAUACAAUAGCAAAAAAGAUGAAAAGAAGUUAAAACAAAAUCGAACAGUUGAAAGAAUUAUCAUUUAUUGGCCUUUAAAUAUUCUUGACGACAUUCAUGAAAACAGGCCACUUCCUCAACCUGAUGGACGAAAUAGUGGACCUUCUGAUUUUCCAAAGGACUUUAUUGAUCGGUUGCAGAGACCGCAUGCUGAAAGCUUCAAAAGAGAGGAAGUUGAUGCACCACGUGACAGUCAUCAAACAUAUGUUAAAGAAGUUCGAACAUCUAAUGACGAAACAACACCAAAAACUACCAUUAAUUCAAAUGUUGAUGUCUCAAAAACAAAAGAAGACAGUAUUCCAAGAAGCAAACAUAAAGCUAUAGAACAUCGCACACAAGAAAAUGAUGGGGUAAAGGGACAACAAAUCGUUUCAACAUCAGUGGAACAUGCAAGUGACAUUGCACCCAAUAGUUAUGACAGUACCAGAAAGAACUUUUUGUCUGUACCAUUAAAACCAGAGAAACGAAGAGAUAAAGAACAGGAAUACGCUUCCGAUGCUGAUAUUAACGAAGACGAUGACGAUCUUAGAUUUACUCAAACGGACAGUCGAAGAUCUUCAGAAAGUAGAGAUUCCUUACAGUCUGGAGGUGACUUAGACCAAACUUAUCGGAAAGAGACCUUGCAACAGAGUCAAAAUGAGAUGCCAUCAGAUGUUCCAGAAAAUAUCAACACUGCUGAGGAACAUACCCGUUCUCGUGAGCGGGACUUUCAGUUUGUACUAUUGGACUGUCCUGGUAUAGAUCUGCAGGAGGACGAGACUGACAGUCCCGAGUAUACUGGUAUGAUACGAGAAAGUAAAAACUGCCAGUCAUUCAUUUUCAUUAUAGAUGCCAGUAAAGAUUCGGGUGUGAAGAAAAGAGGGGUCAAGGCGUUAAUGACUGAUAUAGAAAAAGAAUUUAAGAAAAGAAACAUGAAUUUUAAUCCCAAUUUGGCACGUUUUGUUGCUAACAAAACAGAAGCAGUUCUAGACGAUAAAGAAAAAUCAGAUGACCUGAAAGAGGAAGUCCUACAAAAACUCAUCGAAAUAUGGCCACUUGUUUGUAAAGAACAUGUUUUUCCUUUUCAUGCAAAAUUUGAAUUAGAACAUCAUAUAAAUGAUAAGGAAAGAAGAAAAUGGAUACGAGAAUUCUUGUUGUUCACCAUACGAAUUACACUUGAGGAGCAUUGUAUAUGGCUUUUAAGAAUGCUAGAAAUUGCUCAUACGAUGGCCAAGCUUGGGCAAAGAGCUUCACCAGUUGUUGACAAGUUAGAUGAAAAUCUCCGAACAACGAUUGAGGAUGCCAUGAAUCUUCGGGAAAUUGUUGCAGAAAAGUCUGACAAGGAUUUGCGAAGAAAGGCGAGGAAAGAGCUAGCAGAGCUACUCAAACGUAAUGAAAAAGAACUUAAAACUAUCAUAUGGGAAGAAAAUAAGAUAGCUGAUAAAAUCCCCAAUGCCAAUAUCGACUGGUCAGAGCUAAUAAACUCCAUAUACGCUUUGAUAGGCGAAAAAGUGGAGGAAAAAGUAAUGUAUGCAACUUCGGAAUUGAAAAAAAGCCAUGAACAGUCGUUGAAUAAUAAGUAUAGACACAUUGACAAAGAGUUGCAGACCUUACAAGAAGCAAUUUUCGGUCUUGAAGAAAUGAAAAAAGAAGAUGCCUAUUUGAGAAAAGGUUUGUUUACAUUAUUAACACCUGUUUUUAUCAGCGCAAGUAUACGGGCAGUACCUCUUGUUAAUCCAUUAGUACUAAUGGUGGCUCCACUUAUCCCCUUAGGACUAUUUGGAAAAUCAAUUAUAGAAGAUAUCCAGGAAACAAGGAAUGAUGCAAAAAGAAUAAAGUUCAAAGAAAACAAAGUAGAGUUUAUGAAGAUGGAAACAAAAAGAGUUUUAGAUAUGGCUAUGAACGACUUUGGUGAGGGCGAAGAGAAACACUCACCUCUCUUAAAGUAUUUCAUUGGAGAGCCAAAGAAUAAGGUCGUCAACAUUCAGAUAGACCAAGUAAUACAUGUCGCUGAGCUACUUCAAGAAAUGUCCUGUAAUAAGAAUGAAGAAUGUCAGAAAUGUGCAAAACGUUUCGUCAUUAACAUGAUGAAAUUUUACAUAGAAAAAGUUAUGCAGCAUGAGUUCACAAAAAUAGAUGACAUUAUUUGGAUACGUAACGAAGAAGGCAAUCGCUGUACAAUAGACCAAGGAACAAAUGCGUGUACUUAUGAAGCAACGCUCUCUGGCAGUUUUGAUUACGACAAGUGUGUAGCAGUAAAAGAGUUCAAAUGUAAGCUUGACACUUCAGACAACAGUACUAGUUUACCGGCCAAGUUGGACGGCUAUAGAGAAUGCUUCUACCUAAGACAACUGUCGGCGAAACGGCAUGACAAACUGGUGAAUUUUCUUGGAACUGGAAUUUCUAUUACCGACGGGUUUUUGAAUUUGCGUAUUGUCAUGGAACGAUACAGUGGAGACUUAAAAAGACAUGUCAUAUCCGCCCCAAGAUCGCACUCCGAUGAAAAACACAAACGGGAGUUUUUUCAUUAUGCAAAACAAUGCACAGAAGGACUUGCCUUUAUUCAUGAAAAUAACAUAAUACACAGGGACGUUAAACCAUCAAAUUUCUUGGUCAAAAAAGAAAUGGAACCAAGUGGUCAUACAGCAGCUUUUUUAAGUGUGGUUAUUUCUGAUGUUGGCUGUGCAAAGUCGGAGAAAGCAAUUUGCACAAAUGGUCAAGAUCUAGGAACAUGCGUUUACUGGGCUCCGGAGAUUUCUUUGGCAAACACAUUUCACAGUAAGGCAUCUGAUGUGUUUAGCCUAGGGCUAGUAUUGUGGGAAAUCUGGAACAGACAGCCUUCGUACAAUGAGGAUGGGCGUAAAACAAACCUGUUGAAAAUGGUCGGAACUGAAAUUGAACCCUUUAUCAGACAUUGUUUAAGGACAGAUCCCAGACUUAGAAUUACUACUGCCAAAUUAUUGGCUGAAAUUGCGAAAGCUACAAAAUGACCUCCAAAGUGAUGAAAAUAUUUACAUAUAGUACUUCAUAAAAAACGUUCGAUGAAUAUUCUGCAAAAAUAAUUUUAAUUAGUAUUGUGAAAUGUUGGUACUAAGUCAUUAUAUUGAUAUACAAUACAAUGUAAUUAGAAUUUACUGUUGUAAAUAUUUGGACAUAUAUUGUGACAUCAUUUAGGCAUUGCAAUCAAUUUUGUAUUAUUUUGACACUAAAACAUUACUAUGAAAUUAAAGUAAUUGAAUCGACAUUGUAUAAUUUUGGUACAAAAAUCAUAACGAAAUUUUGAAACAAUUAUUAUUAUUGUUGAUCUUGCGCGCUAGAUAAUUUUGAACGUACCUUUGGUACUUGAAACAAUAUUGUCUUUUGUUGGUACCUGAAUCAAUGUCAUUUAAAUAUGGGCACUAUAAUUUUCAUUGUAGCAUUUAGAAAUUUUAAAUUCACUCAUAAAUAAUAUGAACUUUAAUGACAAUCUGCCCAAAAAUCUACACAUAUUACAAUGUAUCGGGAAAAGAAUGAUUGGAAAUUGAAUAUUAUCGGUCUAUCAAUCAAUUUUUUAAAAUUAUAAAUGUCACUUGAGAAAGAUGUGGCGAUAUUUAAAGAUCCUGUAACUCAUUUUUUAUGGUUUUAUAUCAUAAAUAUAAUGCUCAAAUGAAGAUUUAUCAUUAUUGUAAGUUCAAAAAUGCAUUAUUUGUAAAGAUAUAAUGAAUUAACAUUUCUUGUUAAUAAAGGGAGGUAAUUUGAAAUUUAUUUUCUAUAAAGUCUCAGCCAAAUUUUUCAAUAAGACAUGAAUGCAUAUAUCUUAAUGAUUAAAUAUAAUGUGCACAAAUAUUCGCAAUGCAUAUUUUACAUAGUAUUCGAUGUUCGAAAAUUGUUUUAGAAGCAUAAUUAUAUACAUGUACAUAUAUAAAAUUUCACUUAAGUGUGGUUACAACCUUAAUUGAAUAAAACAUACAGGAUCUUUAAGUAUUUUGGCUAUAAUUGAAUAGUAUUUAUUUGUCACUCAUUUAUAUGAAUCAUUCAUUUUAGUAAUUCAAUAUUGUUAUAAUUAAAUUCUAUUCAUGGAUGCUGUAUGUGCAUAUCUUUGAAGUAAAUAAAGAGAUUGUUUUGUAUUGUAAGGUAUUGUAACAAUGAAGUAAUAUAGGAAUGAAAAGUACUGACGUUUAUGUAAUAAAUAUGU